CCAUUUUCAUCAUAUUAUUCAAUGUGCUGUUUGUUUUUAACUCUCAGACAUUUGAACAAAUAUUACAGUGAAGUUUGAACUUUCUUUCAAUAUCAGUCAGAGUCAGGGCCUUUCAACUUCCAUGAACUUUGUUGAAAGUGUUACAGAGCCAGUUGGCAGUGCUAUAAAACAUUCCUGUUUCAUGUUAUUCUAUCAAUCGGAAGGUGGUAGCAGUAAUGCACCAAGAAAUGUAGCAAUGUGCCAGCAAAGGCAAGGAAGAAGAAGACCCCAAACUAGUAAACUUGGAUGUAAAAUUGACUUUGCAAAUUGGGUUUUUUGAUGAAAUAAAUGCAUUCCACACAUUUGUCAGGACUAAAGGAUACACAGAAUGAGUUUUGGUGAGUAACACUGAAAGUCAACAUCAUUUGCUUAUCACACAACCUUAAAGUCAAGGUUUUUUUAAAGUCAGGUAGGACUCUUAGACCAUAGUUUGUCUUUUCAGCCACACAAGUGUAUAACUCUGUCAGAUAUUCUUGUUACAGCUCUUUGCUGCAGAUGAAUUUGCACCUGCACUUUAUCUUUAUCAGUCCCUCACAUCAGUCUGUAUUAUCACACUGAGAACACACUCUGCCUGAAAAAAACAAACAGCUGUUCAAAGUUCAAAUGAAAAAAAAACACGAUUACAUUUUUAAAAAUUUUCCCAUGUUUCGAAAGCUUUGUUGGUACUGGACAAAUAAGGAGUUUGGAAGAAGCGGCCACAGCAGUCUCAGCUGAACUUCUCUAUAAAAGGACAUUUAGCAUCAGCUGUUGAAACAUUCGCUCUUGCAGAGAGUCCAUCAUGAAGACUCUGGUGUUCUUGCUCUUGGUGACUUUGGCCAACGCUAGAGUCUAUCAGAAAUGUGAAUGGGCCCGAGUGCUGAAGAGCAAUGGCAUGGACGGUCACCACGGCAUCAGCCUGGCAAACUGGGUUUGUCUGACCGAGCAUGAGUCAAGGUUCAACACCCGAGUCACCAACCGCAACAGAGACGGAUCCACUGACUAUGGCAUCUUCCAGAUCAACAGCCGCUACUGGUGUGACGACGGCAACACCCCCCGCGCAUCAAAUGGCUGCGGCAUCAGAUGCAGUGCACUUCUGACAGAUGAUGUACGCACGGCGAUCACUUGUGCCAAACGUGUCGUUAAGGACCCCAACGGCAUUACAGCCUGGGUGGCCUGGAGCAGACACUGCCAGAACCGCGACCUACGCUCAUAUUUGUCAGAAUGUCGUCUUUAAUCAACACAUCGAACCAACAACAACAGUAAAGAGAAAUGUGGUGAUUUCAACCUGUGUCUCUUGUAACUCUGCUCUGAUGUAAAAACCAGAUUAAAAUGUUGGUUUCCACCAA